CUUCCCCACCAGCACGCCUGACGGUCUUAGCAGGCGCGGCGACUGAUCGGGAAGAGGGAUGAAGGCCCGCUGCCAUACCGGCCCGAGGGGAUACACGGCCCGAGUGUACCUUCGCGGCAGCCGACGCAGCUGCUGCCCACUGACGCGUAAUGAAGUUACACCGCGCGGUCGUACACAUCCUCACGGUACUCGGGUGCAGCAGGUCAGCGUCUGGCGCUCCCGGCUCUGUCCGCCGGGCGCCGGCAGCUGCCCGCGUGGCUCCGAGAGCGCGUACCACGCACAACAGGGUCGUCUCCGCUGCCGCCACGGGCGCUAGGGUCGCUUCGAGCGGCCAUCUCGGCGCCGCGAACCACUCGACCACCGAGGGCAUGGAGAAGGUGAUCACCCUCUUGACGGAGCUUCAGGAGAGCAUCGAGAAGGACGGGGAGUCCGAGCAGGCCGGGUACGACAGGUACGCAUGUUGGUGCGAGACCUUCACCCAGAAGCAGGCGCUGGCCGUCACUUUGGCGAAGGAACAGCUCCAAUCCUUCGGCAAUUCUAUCCUGAAGCUCAAGGGCGACUUGGCCACCUACGUCGCUGAAAUAGCCAAGCUCUUGAAGGACAUCGAGGAGAACGAGCAGGCCCAGGCGGCGACCACGAAGGUGCGACAGGACGAGAGCGCGGCCUUCGCUGCGGAGUCCACCGAGCUGCACCAGGCCCUGACGGCGCUGGAGAAGGCCCUGACUGUCCUCGGGAACGCGACGGCGGGCAUGUCCCUCGAGCAGGCGACUGCGGGGGAGCCGGCGCUGAGGACUCUGCUAAAGGACGUCGCGGCCGUUGCGGGCAAGUUGCCCGCCCACGGCCAGCUCGGCCAGGCCCAGCUGUCGGCCCUGCAGGCCGCGGCCGACCGGAGGUACACGCCGCAGUCCGCCAGCAUCCAGGGCAUCCUGAAGGACAUGUACGCGACCUUCGCGUCUGACCUGGAGCAGAAGACCACGCAGGAGGCGGCCGCACAUCGCCUCUACGAGGACUACAUGGCCACCAAGCAGUCCGAGCUACUCAUCUUGCAGGAGAGCGUCGGGAAGAAGCAGGCCGCCAAGUCCGAGGCCGAGCUCAUGCUAAGCGAUGCCACCGAGGGCUACGGCGACACCGAGGCGCAGUUGGCUGCAAGCGUCGAGCUCUUCGACAAUACGAAGGCGACCUGCACAGGCAAGGCAGACCAGUGGGCGGAGCGCAAGCAGUUGCGCGCCGACGAACUGGAUGGCAUUUCGAAGGCGCUGGAGCUCCUGACCAGCGAGGAGGCGAAGGAGGCCUUCUCGAAGGCCAAAGCCGACGGCGUGGCCGCGGCGUUCCUGCAGCUGCGGGCCGCCCGGGGCGCCGGCGCGGCGGCGGCGCGGGCGCGCGCCGUGGAGGCGCUGGGCGCCGUGGCGCGGCGCACCGGGAGCCUGCGCCUCGCUUCGGCAGUGGCCGACCUGAUGGAAGGCGGCCGGGCCAGCGGUGUGGGCCAUUUCGACGUGGUUAUCACUGAGAUCGAUAAGAUCAUCGUGCAGUUAAGAGAGGAGGAUUCGCAGGACCAGAAGAACGUAGACGAGUGCAAGCAGCAAUACCAGGAUAUCGAGUCAGAGGUCAAUGAAUUGGGCUGGAAGAUCGCGAAGAGCCAGGCACACCUCAAGAAGUUGAGCACGCUCCUUCAGGAGAAGGGAAACGAAAAGGAUGGCGUGGUAGCCGAGAUGGAGAGCGUGCAGAAGGAGAUCGUUGACAUGAACGCUACCAGGGUGGCAGAGAAUUCCGCGUUCAUCCAGCAGAAGGCUGACGACCAGAAGGCCAUCGACCUCCUGAAGGAGGCCAUCGCUUUCCUGUCCAAGUAUUACGAAACGAAUGGCAUCGCGAGCGAGAGCUUUCUGCUGCAGCGGUCAGAGCUCGGCGCCAAAAACGUUUCGUCUCAGCCCCCAGACCUCAAAUUCUCUCACAAGACCAGCCGCGAGACCCAGACGAAGGGCGUCGUCGCUCUCUUGAAUCACUUGGUCGAAGACCUCGAGGGCGAGAUGGAGUCGGAUAUCAAAGGCGAGGAGGAUGCCCAGCUGGACUACGAAAAACAGGUGAAAGCAGCGAUGCAGCUCGAGGCGAAGCUCCAGGCCAGGAGGACAAGCAUCGAGGACACGAUCGUGCAGCUGAACGCCGAGGUCACCGAGGAGGAGGAGUCGGUUACGGAGAACGAGGGCCUGCAGACGGGCGAGAACGAGACACUGGCCUCCAUCAAGCCAGGGUGCGACUGGAUCGUUGCCAACGCGCCAGAGCGGCGAAAGAAGCGCGAGGUCGAGGCUGACGGACUCAGGUCGGCCAAGGAGUACCUCGCCGGGUUCCAGCCGGCCGGGGCCACGGUCUUGGCGGAGGCCGCGGCCCACGUGGGGCGCCCGUGGGCCCGGCCACGGGGCCGCUUCCGCCGCCCCGCGGGCGCCGCCCUGCAGGUCGCCGCCACCGGCGGCGCGCGGAGGGGGCGGUAGGCGCUGGGCGGCCCCGCGGGCGUCCGCGUUGGCGAAGCGGCCGCGGCCGCGCGGGGAG